CCCAGCAUGCACCGCGGCUCACUGCAAAUCAGCUGUUCUGAGGACAGACAGGUGGGCGUGGCCUCGUUCCUUCAGUAGGAUGUAGGAACAGAACCGAAGAGAGACGGUCAGGAUAUCGACAGGACUGCUGGGAUUUCAGACGCGUCCCAGAGUGGCUGGUUCACUCUUUGUUUUGGACCUGCUCAGCGUUUCCUCCAGACUCCGCCCACUGUUUGUUCUCUGACAUCAUCACCACCAUGUGUCAUGUGAUCGUGACGUGCCGCUCCAUGCUCUGGACGCUCCUCAGCAUCGCGGCGGCGUUCAGCGAGCUCAUCGCCUUCCUGAGCACCGAUUGGCUGGUGGGAUUCCCGCGCGUCCCUGACUCCGCCCCGGAGGUGUCGGACGAGGCGUACCGCCCCACACUGGGACUGUUCGGGCGCUGCGUUUAUGUGGGCAGGGUGAUGUGCGGCCCGUACGCGCUGAGUUUCGGUGAGAUAGCGAGCGGCUUCUGGCAGGCGGCGGCCAUCUUCCUGGCGGCGGGAAUCGUGCUGCUGAGCGCCGUGGCUCUGACGUCCAUCUUCAGCAUCUGCGUCCAGAGCAUCAUGAGGAAGAGCAUCUUCAACGUGUGUGGUCUACUGCAGGCCAUCGCAGGUCUCCUGCUGAUCCUGGGGCAGUUGCUGUUUGCUGCAGGGUGGGGGGGUGAGAAGGUGCAGCAGUACUGCGGCAGCGAGGCGGCGGCGUAUAACCCGGCGCUCUGCUCGGUGGGCUGGGCCUUCUACGCCGCGCUGGUGGGAACGGUGCUAAGCUUCAUCAGCGCCGUGUUCAGCGCUCAGGCCGAGAUCGCCACGUCCAGCGACAAGGUCCAGGAGGAGAUCGAGCAGGGCAAGAACCUCAUCUGUCUCCUCUGAGAGAGAACCGGGGAGGAACCACAGAGGAACCACAGAGGAACCAUGAAGUAGUUCCACUUUCAUCCACUUCAGCCAACUGAGAUUACGUUCAGACUGAACACUGAAGGCUUCUCACGAGGUUCUGAUGGGUGAGGAACCUCCAUGAUUCCACGCUUCAUCUUCACGUGGGUUCUUCUGUGGUUCUGAGUUCCUGAUGUUUGGAUCUUCUGAUGACUGAGAUGAAGAUUAAGUGUAAAUAAAUAAUUAAGUGUGUAAAUACUGUACAGAACCUGAUGAUGAUGAUGAAGAAACAUCUCAGGUUGGUUUCCUAAUAAUCAAGGUGCUGAAACCACUAAACCACUUCCUGUUACGGGUCGAAGUUCUGCACAUGUUCAGCAUGGAAGCAGGAAGUUUACAGGAACUGAAACUGGUUCCAGAUCAGCGAGGGUUCAGGAACUAAAGACGUUCUUCUGUAUGAAAUGUGUGGAGACUUAUCACUUCCUCCUUCACUUCCUCCUUCACUUCCUGUUCUGUUAUUCCUCCUUCACUUCCUCCUCCUCCGUCUGCGCUUGUUUUAUUGAUUGUUUCGUUUUUCUUUCCUCUUGCUCUCCUGCUAAUCCACCUGCUGCACUUUCUUCAGCCCUGCUUCAGUAUCUGUUUCUUUACACGAGUCUCAGGAUGAAAAGAAGCAGCGUCUGUUCCUCAGAGGAACAGGGAAAUCCCUAAAGUGUUUAAACUCCAUACAGCCAGACAGUGUGUGUGUGUCGCUGCUCUUUUACAGAUGAAUAAACGUGACUGAACUGAAA